UAUAAACUUAAUUCUGAACAGCAUACCCAUGUAUGAUAGGAUGUUGUUGUUAUUCAUGGUUUUAUAUCAUUUUGGGUAUGCUGUGUACUUGCAAUAGCCAGUGAUGGCUGAGGUCGUGUUGUUCAAGGAACUCUACAGCUGGCAGAAUGACCACGAUCAGGGAGUAUUUGUUGACGGUGCUAACGGUCUGGUCAUUUACCAGAGUGUCUAUGACAAGAGUCUUCGAGUGAUCGACAGCUGCCGUAGUAGUAAUAUUUUUGACAGCAUAAGGUUUUCUAAGCCUUUAUGUGAAUCUAUUCUUUUUUCUUCGGAUGGUCAAUAUAUCCUUUUUUGGCAUAAUAAUCCCUUGGCUAUAGGUAUUAUUGAUACCACUAAUCCUGCUUCUUCCGACAUUAUCGUCGACAGCUCUUCAUAUGAGGAAACUAUAGUAUUGAAUGUAUUUUGGUCUCAAUGUAGCAAGAGCAGUGCUGAAUUCGUUGUUGCUUGCACUACGUGCAUUGACAUAUAUAGUUUCACUUUUCGUGGUUAUACCUUACGUCGUCUUUGUAGUAAGCGCAUCAGUUGUAGCCACGUUUGGAAUGACCUUGGGGGUACUUAUCUCGUUGUGUUAAAGAGCAACAAUGUUUUGCAACCAUAUCGCAUUAUUAGCAAGGAGGUUCGCCCUGUAACUGAUGUUGAAUUGAGUGUUCGUGAUGGCCACAAGUUGCAGCGUUCUGCAAUUACUGUUGUUACAAUAUAUGGCAGUACAUAUUGUGUAUAUAAGGACUUCAUCAAUGGGAUGGUAUCACUUCGUUCUCUUACAGACAGCAAGGCCGUCGACAUUGUCCUUGAGCUCAAGUGUCAGGGUUGGCUGGAUAUAGCUGUAUUUGACAAUUUAAUAUUCGCUUUAACUGGUGGCAAUGAGACGUACAUAUUUGACAUUGCAAUGAAGGAUCGUGCUUUAUUAGCUCGUGUUCCUCAGCGCAAGCCUUGCAUGUCAUCUAUAUCUAGUGAUGUACAAGUUUUUAUACCUAACGUUGUUGUUGACUCCUAUGGCGGAUUUGUGUACAAUCUUACUCUGGACCACAAUAUGUUGAUGCUUGUUUUAUUACAGUCCCACAGUGAGGCUUUGAUUGCUGAUUUUUACCAGCGUCGUCAAGGAUCUAUUCAGCGUGUUAUAGAGAUAGUAAACAGUGCCAUGUCCAGCCGCUAUCGGAGUGACCGUUUACAAUUACUGUUUAAAUCUAUUGUAUCUCACUAUGCAAAAUCGUUGAUAGAGAUAAAUCAACUGGGUACGCGUACUGCCAACAACGUAUCUAUACCAUUUAACCUUGUUGAGGAGCACAUUGGGGAUCGUUCUAUUCUUACGGAGUACCGAUUUGGCAAUUCAGUUUUAUAUCCCUAUAUAUGCCAUGAGUGGAAUGUAUCACCAAAUGCAAAUAUAUUUGAUUUUACAAUGGCUCUGCUAUGUCAUCAUUACAAUUUUGAUUUUGACGGAAUAGUUCGUCUGCGUGAUAGCAUUGUUUUGGAGCCUCCGAGUAUAGACAACGUGAUUCUGAAGAGUAAAAUCGCAUCAGGUGGUAACAAUGUUUUAUCUGGUGAGGUCCGUGAGUAUUUGUCAUCGCCUGAUGGUGACAUUCCCGCUUUGUAUGACAGUUCAGUACAGGAUCGACCCUAUAUCAUAUCCGUUUUACUUUCAUAUUUUCGGGCAUUGAUAUCAUUCCACCUUCAACCUACUCACAUGCUGCAAGUACUGCUGUUUGACAUGUGCAUUUUGUACAACUGCUUGGAUGUUGCUUUACAUUUGAUUCGAUGUAGGGUCAUUCACGAUUCCAUAUUUCUUUGUUAUCGUAUGUUAUUUUUAUAUGCUGUUUUGCGGGAUCGUGUAGUUCGUCAGCAGUGUCUCGACAUGUGUGUUCGUCUGAAGGCUUAUGAUUUAUGUAUCUCUAUUUUCAUGCUUGAUCGUGACUACUACGGUGCUCUUGUUUGCAUUCGUACUUACCGUCUAUUAUCGUUUCCGCUUUAUCGCAUUUUAUACGAGGCUGCUAUUGAUGUGGAUGCUCAGACACGUAAGCUUCAUUCAUGGCCGAGUAUCAUAUCAUUCGUUCGACGCUGGGUUGAGGACUGCGGUCCUACAUCAGGUCCUAACCUUCAGGGUUGCGAGAUGUGGUUACCCAACUUAUAACAUAAUGUAGUUAUUUUUUUAUAAGUCUAAUAAAUUAAUGCAAUCUUUUA